AUGGCUGCUGAAGACAAGAAGCCACAGGAGGAGCUAGAAUUUAUUAGCAUGGAGUCCGAGCCAAGUACCUCAUCAGAAUCAGUAGAAUCGACUGCCAAUACGUCUGCUAGCUUUCAAACUCAUGACAAAGAGGCUCUACUCACAUCCAUGCAAAAGACGAUAUCGACUGCGAAACACCCAGUGGCGGGUUUUUUCCAUUUAGUUUUCAAGGGUCUGGCCCUGCUCUUGUAUCUAUUUGGAAGUAUUUUCAUCAGCAAUUUCGUCUUUAUUUUUGUGGUUUGCAUUUUACUUUUGGCCUUUGAUUUUUGGACCGUCAAAAAUGUGACGGGACGACUAUUGGUGGGACUGCGUUGGUGGAAUAAGAUUAAUGAGGACGGUACAAGUGAUUGGGUAUUUGAAUCCCAUGAAGACAUGACGGAGAUUGAUCCGCUUGACUCACGUAUCUUCUGGACGGGACUCUAUGGCGCACCAGCACUUUGGAUCAUGUUGUUGAUUGUGGCGGUGCUCAAGUUUAACGUCGAGUGGGCUCUCAUCGUUGUGGUUGGUGUAGCUUUGAACGGUGCCAACAUUAUCGGCUACACGAGAUGCAAAAAGGAUGCCAAGCAGAAAAUGCAGUCACUCAUAUCCAAAGGUGCCGUGGGUGCUUUUAGCUCGUCCGCUGGCUCGUCGAUCAUGUCUACUAUUGGUGGAUUGGCCCUGGGGGGAGGCCUUGGAGGCGGAAUUGGAAGUGUAGAGCUGAAUAAGCCCAUGCAGUCUGACAUCGUUGUUUGA